AAGAAAUAUGCAUUGAUGCUGUUGUCUUCUCCGGUUAUUACCACACACAGGAGGCGAGUGAGGAGCAUAAUGUCAGUGUCAUCUCGUGCAAGUUUUCGUCAUGGAGCACCCGGAUGUAGUCACGGAAAGAGGAACAGUGGUACCAAGUUUGAAACUGAGAACGAUAUAUAUGCCGCAUACAGUGAGGAAGAUCAGCCGGAUGUUUUACGUAUACUAGAUAUAUUAAAGAUGAAUCAGCUCACAGUGUAUGACCCCCAUCUAGAUGCUUUACCGUCUCAAACCAUUUUUAAAGCCUGGCUGGAACAAGGGAUACACAUGUCAAAAAUCACGGUGAUUUUUCUGACAAAGAAGUUCAUAAGUCAUGUCUACUGUAGAUAUCAGGCUGACAACGCUGUUGUCAGAUAUGCAAAAACCAAAGGUCGACAUAGGGUCAUACUUGUCAUGCUUCAAUCGUGUAAGAUUCCGAAGAAUUUACACCAUUUCAACUGUGUGUACGCCUGGAGGUUCCGUGAGAGCCCGGAGGAGCAGUAUGCAAGGAUUUUAAAAGCAAUAUUUGCUCCACGUCACAAGUUCAGAAGAGGAACUAUGUUAUGGACAAAUGUGGGUAGAAAUACCGCCAAAAUAGCAAAUAAAAGAAUAAACGAGCUUUCUGUCUUAAGCCAAUCUGUUAAACAGGAAAAGUCAUUGCUAAAUUACGCAAAUUUAGUCUUUAAUUUGAGCAAAGUCAAACUUACUUUGGAAAACUGUGAGCUUAAAUGUACGAGCGAAAAUUGUGGUUUUCACUGUAGCGGCGACAAAAUCAUCGACAAAUUCUUUCCGCAUAUCAAAAGAUGUAGGUAUCAACAGGUAAAAUGUCGGUUUUGUCGGCAGACGACCUUACGCAAAAAUCUUGAAAGACAUGAGCAGACGACAUGCAAACGCAGACAUAUCAAAUGUCCAAAUGAUUCUUGUGGAAAGCAGUUAGCUGCAGCCGAAAUGUUCAAUCACGAGCGUAAAUGCUCGUACAAAAUUGUCGUCUGUCCAAAUGAAGUUUAUGGGUGUAAUGGAGUUUUUGCGCGUAAAGACAAAACAAAGCAUUUGGAAAUUUGUGAUUACGAAAAGAUAACUUUGCAAAAUCUGUCAUCAAAGUUUACACAUGACCGAUGGAUAUGCAAUGGACAGAAUAUUCAAACGUUGUGUGAAAUGUGUCAUAAAUGUGUCAGUAAUGGCAGACGAGAUUCACACACCAGAUCCUGUUUUUGUGAUUAUAACGAUUCACAGACCGGAAUGAACGCUGCCACACCACCAGGAACUAUUCAAUCACUUGCGCUUGGUACGCAUCCCAUACCGGAAACCGAACGUUCCUCUUUUGGAGCAGGGUCUUCUAGCCUUCGAAUGGCUGGGUAUCGGCAACGCACCGGUGUGUCACCAACAUACGAGAGGGCCGCUUUUUGA